AUGGCUGUCGCUGCGGGCUACGACCAGAGAGUUGCCGAACUGUCCGGCCGAGUUUCGCAGUUGCAGCAGCAACUGCGGCUCGGACGUGCUGCGCAGCUGGAGCAGCUCCGGGCGCGACUCGAGGCCUUGGUGACAAGGCUGGCCACCGUGCGCCGCACCUUUCACUCGGAAUUCCGCCCUCUCCAACAGGAGCUGGCUUCCGCGCGCCAACGCGUGGAGGCCACGCGGGUGGGCCGCCGUGCUGACGUCGACGGGCAGCAGAAGCAGCUGCAGUCAAUCGACCGGCGCUUGCAAGAAGCGUUUCAGGAGAUGGGGGCACCGAUGUCAAGCUGUCCGGAGAACAAAAGCUGGGGUUGA